AUGGGAAUAGAAAACCAAAAGCUUAGCUUCGCUGUAGAAACACAAGCUAACGAGAACAGCGAUAGCGACCUCGAUGGCGCACCAAAACUCCCCGAUCAAUUUGCCGACGAGAGUUUCAAGCUCUUCUCGAAAAUCCAAGUCACAGACCCAACCCCCGAAGAAGCGAAGCAGAUUCGGGAUAAAUGUCUAUGGCGAAUUCUACCCUUUCUUUGUAUAGGAUACCAUCUGAUGUAUGUCGAUAAACAGACGCUUGGAAGUUCUGCCAUUCUGGGCAUCAUGGAGGAUGCACAUCUUGAUUCGAAUCAAUAUAACUGGCUCUCUUCGAUCUUCUAUUUCGGGUAUCUCUUAGCUGAAUGGCCGCAAAAUUGGGCGUUGCAGAGAUUUCCUAUUGGAAAAUGGCUGGCUGGUAAUUUGAUAGUAUGGGGCGGAAUCACCAUCUUGCAUGUACCUUGCAACAACUUUGCAUCUCUUUUUGUUGUCCGCUUUUUUCUCGGGGCAGCAGAAGCAUCUAUCGUUCCUGCAUUCCUUCUUUGCAUGUCCAUGUUCUUCACCUAUGAUGAACAGGCUGUUAUGAUGCCAGUGAUGUGGUCAAUCGGCAACGCAAGCCCUAUAACGUCAGGCUUAUUAUCAUAUGGCGUACUUUGGAUCAAAUCUGGCAGUUUUUCUCCUUGGAAAUGGUUCAUGGUUAUCACCGGUGUCCUCACUAUCAUUUUCGGUGUUUGCGUCUAUCUCUUCUUCCCUGAUAGCCCCGUGCAUGCCAACUUCUUGACCCACGAGGAGCGUGCAAAGGCAAUUCUGCGGAUCAAAGACAACCAUUCAGGAAUUGAGCAAAAGCUCUUCAAAAAAUAUCAGUUUAUGGAAGCGAUUCAAGAUCCUAAAACAUGGCUGUUCUUCCUACAUGCCUGGUCACAGGAAACAGCAAAUGGAAUAUCAAAUCAAUAUUCCCUGAUCAUCAACUCCUUUGGAUUCAGCAUUCUUCAAACAACACUACUCGGAACUGUAACGGGCAUAGUGUCAUUUUUUUCUCUUGCAUCAGCAGCGCUCACGUUGUAUUACACCAAGAACUGGCGAGCAUGGGUAUCACUCAUCGCAUACAUUCCAGGUGCUCUCUCAAGCAUUCUACUACUUGCUCUACCCUGGUCAAAUCGAUGGGGUCUCAUCGUUGGAAUCUGGAUCCGAUCUACAACCGGCAUUCCGUACGCUGUUGUGAUGAUCUGGGCUGCCAAUGCAUCAGCAGGUCAUACGAAGAAGACUACCGUCAUUGCGCUUUAUCACAUUGGAUAUGGACUGGGGAAUAUCAUCUCUCCGCAACUGUUCCGACCAGAGUGGAAGCCUCGAUAUAAGCCGACGUGGAUUAUUUUACUGGUGGUCGCCGCGAUUCUUCCCUCGAUUAUUAUCAUCGUUCUUCGGAUUUACCUAAGUCGAGAAAACAAGCGUCGCGACAAGCUGAAGGAGUCUAACCAAGUUACAAGCAAUGGUGUUGUCGAGACUGUUGAUUCGGACGGGAGCAAAGUGGCUCGUGUCGUGGACAAUAGUCAAUUGGAUUUGACUGAUAGAGAGAACUUGACUUUGUAA